UUGCAAUUUAUAUCAAUCUGAAUUCCAUAACUGAUUAAUGAUCUAAUCUUUGACCAAUAAUCGAAUUUAAUGAAUGAUUUUUCUCUCGUGAAAGCAUACCUAAAAGUGCAUCCUCAUGUUGUUGUUUUGUUUUCCAAUAAGCAGCUAGAGCCUAUUGAUUCUCUCGCAAUUUGGAAACGAGCUAACUGUCUUCCAAUUUUUCUGGCUAAUGACGAGCUGAGAUUUCGCCGAAUACGGUGCAAUGCUACAGUCCUAUGCUACUGCGCUAGCAACAACACUAAUCUUCCCGUACUUAUGACUACUCAGUUAGUCGAGAACAAAUGUGAUGGGGGCCAGUGGACUUGCUCACCCCCUAAGCAGUGUUGCCAACAGGGGUGCUGUUUCAUUUUCGCUCCGUCAAUUUACAAAGGAUCGCCUUCUUCGACCCAACAUGGUACUGUGCUCAAUCCUCUCUUCCUAGGUCACUGGUAUUUCUGGCUUGCUGUAACAGCUACAGUGGCGGGUAUUUUAUGUGCCUGUUCUCUCUGGAGGAAACACAGUCAGGGCAAUUUGUGUUGCAAAGAUGGUGGAAGGGAUGACAGGGCUUCAGAACCCGAUUCCAAUUCCUGCUAUGCCCCUCCACAAUACAGUAGAUGCAAUAGUUUUCAUCAAGCUCCACCUCCCUAUUCAGAGGUGACAUCAAAGCCAGAUCUGUAUCCAUUGGUAAUCAGUUACAAUGCAGAGCCAGUGAUAAAAAGCAACAAUGGUUCCACUGGUUAUCUCAUGGUUCAAUAUUUCAGAAAUUUCAUCGUGAGACCAGCAGGAUCAUUAUCUGCCACAAGCACAAAUGACUCCCUAAGCUCUAGCUUUUUAUGCAGUGCUGUUAAUGAGGCGAACUCUCUAAUUCCACCACCAUAUUCUCACAUGGGAAGCCUAGAUGAAAUAAUAACGACGGAAAGUCAGCAGCAAAACUCGCAACCAACAGUUGACCAAGGAUCUACAUCUCGAUCAACAUCUUCGAAUUCUAAUAGAGAGUAUCAACAGGUUCUCCAGACCUCGCCUAGUCCCAGCCCUAGCACCUAUUCUCUGGUCGGCCCUUUCACUUUUAUACCUCCGACGCCCGCCCAUCAAAUGCCUUCCCACAGACCAUUGAACCAGGUGGUUUCAAUCAGGGACAAUCCGUGUUUCGGACAGAAUGCAACGAAAAGUUCGACUAGCGCUACGAGUACCACGACGAUGCCAAAUGUAGAAAAUACAAGAACAGGUAGUGUAGAAAGCAAAUGCCAAAAUAUCUGUGAUGCUUCGGCCGCCAUUAGACUUAGUAAACGAUUACACAAGCACAAGCUUUCCAAGGACGAUUCGGGAAGCCAAACGGAGGACGACCACAACUUCUCUGAUCUCCUCAACCUAUCCGUGUGCGUGCCCAGCAUUCCCGUGCAAACCACCCCCCAGCUGCAAGAGCUGCAGUACAGCGUGACCAACAGCAUCGGAUCGGACAUCAGCAGCUUGGCCAACCUGGGGUCACCUGAUUCGCCUCCGAGGGCUACUAGCCCCACGGUGGAAAUGCGGGAGUUGCUGGACAAGAUACAGCAGCUGCCUCAGCAGAAGAGUCCUGUGCCUAGCCUCGGUCAGCCGCAGCUGCAGCCUGAGCUGAAGUUUAGUCGGAAUUAUUUCCACAAGGUCAGGGCUAAGACUCUGUACAUGCCGUUGUGCGAGGAAGGUUCCAGUAAAACGAAAAUUAUUCCAAAUGUAUUUCCGAAGAACUGGCUAUCUAGAUCAGCUCCUUGCACGCCAUGUGGAAACUUCGUACCGAAUUUUCCGACCUACCUUCACAAAGGCGGCCAAAAAGGAAGUAAAACGAAAAUUUCUGAUGGCAGUCCCUUAUUGAAGGAGCAUACAGAAGAAUCCGAAGAGGAGGAUAGAAGAGACGGUCGCUCGUGAUUUUCAAAAUAAAAAUGCUUCUUGGUGGUUUUAACUGUCCGAUAUGGAAUAGGCCUCAUCGAUAUUCCAUGCCGAAUCGCAGAUUCUUAAAAAGAUGCCGCUGUGAUAUGACAUUUCAACAUGAUUUUAUUUUAAAACAUAUAGGUGACACGUUCCAUACAGUACAUGUAUAUCCAACGUACGUACAAUGUACGUACACUUCGGAUCGUAAGGACGUCCAAUGGACGUACUCGAGUGUACGUUCAACGUCCAAUGGAAGAUCACUGGAUGUCCUGAGAACACCACUCUGGGACGUACAGUGGAUAUAUAUAUAUAUUUGGAUAAACAAUGGAUGCUCAUCUUCGUAUUCACAAUGGAUGUCGAUAUCUGAGCAGCCAUUUUGGACGUACCAAAUUGGACUUUAAACGUCCAAUGGAUGUCCAUUGGAUGUCCUGAGGACACCACUUUGCACGUACAAUGGAUUUUCAUAUGUGAACGUAUAAUGGA